CACAGCUUUAAUCUGAAGCAUUAUUUUCUUGAUUGACUGGUGGACUACUUUCUUUACAAGACUGAAGGGAUGUGGAGGAGACUGGCUCAGAUCCUGGGCCUGCUGCUCUGCGUACUGGGCUGGGGCUUGGUGGGCUGCACCGUUGCUAUGGACCGCUGGAGAGUGGCCCAGCUGGGGGGUCAGGCGGGCUCGUCUGUGGUGGUGACAGCCUGGUUCUGGUCAGACCUGUGGAAGGACUGCUAUGAAGACUCCACCGCUCUGGUGAACUGUGUGGACUUCGGGGUGUUGUGGACGGUCAAACCGUACAUCCAGGCAGUUAGGGGGCUCCUGAUGAUCGGCCUUUGCCUCGGCUUGAUUGGCACAGUGCUCACAUUUUUUGGAGUGGAGUGCACACACAUUGGAGGAGACCAGAGAAGUAACGACCAGCUGCUAAUAACGGCAUCUGCUCUCCACCUGGUCGGCUGUGGAUCAGACGUGGCUGGUUACUGUUUAUACGUAAACAGAGUGGUUGCAGCUUUUUUACACAGCAAAGCAGAUCCAUCAAAACUGGGCUAUGAAAUUGGACCACCCCUAUAUCUUGGCCUGGUGGGGAGUUUCCUUAUUUUCCUUGGCUGUACAAUUCACUGCGCAACUGUGUGCAGAGUUAAGCAACCCGAAAGAGACAAAGACGAGGAAAAAGAAGAGUUAAGAAUCUACAGAGGGUCAAAUAGGUCACAUGACUCCCAAAGUGUUUCUGCAUACAAGGUGGCUUCUAUUGUGAUUGUGUAA